AUGGCGCGCUCCAUGGACAAUAUCAGCGCCGAGAAUAUCCUCUCUAAGCCUAGAGGCGCAGCCGAUGGAGAGUGGACUUACAACGACAGAGAUGCUGGCGCAAACACACAGGUUGCUGAGGCGGCGAGGAAAAGAAGGAGGAGAUGGAUCAUAAUUGGACUUAUUGUUGCCUUGAUCGUCAUCGCUGGAGUGGUCGUCGGCGUCUUAUUCGCGAAGAAUGUCAUCAAGACAGGCUCAGAAUCCGCCAAAGACGGUGCUGCCGCUGCUACACAGACGCCAGGCGGCGUGAACGGCGACUCCCCACAACCCACGAGCACAUCCGGUCCCACGGCAACUCAGACGACCGGUACUGCCACCAGCUCAUCGCGACCGACUUCCGUGUGCUCAACGUCCGACAGCAUCCCUGAUUCGGCCAAGGGUACUAAUUCGGAUGUGACCUCGUGGUCUGAUAUGACUGACUUCAACUGCACUUUCACCAGCGAACUAGUCGGCGGACUGCCCAUCGUGGGUCUCAACUCGACAUGGGACGACUCCAAGCAAGCCAACCCGGACGUUCCCGCUCUUAACAAGCCGUGGGGUUCGUAUACCCAGCGCCCAAUCCGUGGAGUCAACCUUGGCGGUUGGCUUUCUCUUGAACCUUUCAUCACGCCGUCGUUGUUCGAUUAUCCUUCCGACGCUGGCGUCCAAGAUGAAUACACCCUCUGCGCACAUCUCGGCAAGGAUGCGGCCAAAGUUCUGGAGAAGCAUUAUUCCACUUUCGUUACCGAGAAGGAUUUCAAGGCCAUCGCCGACGCAGGCCUGGACCAUAUUCGGUUGCCCUUUUCGUACUGGGCAGUCAAGACGUAUGACAAUGACCCAUACCCUGCGGGUCUCUCGUGGAGAUAUUUGCUUCGUGGUAUCGAAUGGGCCCGCAAGUACGGCAUUCGCAUCAAGCUCGAUCUUCACGGCCUCCCCGGUAGCCAAAAUGGUUGGAACCAUAGUGGCCGGUCGGGAACUGUCGGUUGGUUGAAGAGCUCAGGCCAGGAUGUCAACUUCAAGCGUUCCCUCGAAAUUCAUGACCAGGUGUCCAAGUUCUUUGCCCAGGACAGAUACAAGAACAUCGUUGUCUUUUACGGUCUGGCCAAUGAGCCCGCGAUGAGCAUUCCGCAGGACGAGCUGACGAAAUGGACGAGCGACGCGUACGAAGUGGUCCGCAAGAACGGCAUCAGCGCCACUCAGGUCUUUAGCGAGUCGAUGAGGGGUCUCGAGGCCUGGGGCGGCAAGCUGACCGGCUACGGCGACUCGCUCGCCAUCGACGUCCACGAGUACGUUAUUUUCGACGUCAACAUCCUCAAGUUCAAGCAUGCCGAGAAGAUCGCCUACAUCUGCAAGACGUGGACGGCACAGCUGCAAGGGAGCAUGGCAAAGACCGCCGGGUUUGGCCCUACGAUGGUCGCCGAGUGGUCCCAGGCCGACACGGAUUGUACUAAGCACCUCAACGGUAUGAACGCCGGAUCGCGCUGGGUCGGCACUUUCGCGGGAAAGACUACCCCUGCAUGCCCGACCGAGGAUAGCCAGUGCAGUUGUGACCUGGCCAAUGCUGAUCCUUCAACCUACACCGCGGAAUACAAGGCCUUUUUGUUGACUUGGGCCGAGGCUCAGAUGUCCGUCUUUGAGAAGACCUGGGGUUGGUUCUACUGGACCUGGAAGUCGGAGUCGGCACAUUUGUGGAGUUAUGAGGCCGGCUUGAAGGGCAAGUUCCUACCGGCCCGCGCCAACGAACGCUCAUGGGACUGCUCCAAGCCGGUACCCAGCUUCGGCAACCUGCCAGAGUAUUAUUAG